GUUUUAUUGUUGCUGCUAUUUAUUUGGUAAGAAAACUAUUGAAGGAUGAAUAAGAAGAAGACAAGAAUAAGAAGAAGAAGAAGAAAAGAUUGAAAUUAGAAUAAUCUCAGGAUUCGUCGCUAUCCCAAGAGCAAAAAAACAAAUGAAAACACGAGAAACGUGAAGAUACAGCUCCCGUCUCCUUUAUCCAAAUUCCAAACCUUUUUCAUUUUCCCAGGAAAAUUGAGUAGUAAUUAGAAAACUCAUCGUCCUCAUUGAGCUGCAGAUCCCAUAAUCUCUCUCGCCAAUCAUCUCCCUUGCAUCUUAAUCAAAGGUGUAUUAUAUCCGCAACAAGAUCAUUAGAGAAGGCUGUUACAAGUUUGUUUUAUGACCGCGUAACAGCUCACUUGGUAAUUGAUGUGGCCUCUUUGUUUUCUGCUUAACAAGCUAUUAAGAGUUGAGGAGAGGAAUCAGGGGAUAUUAGACGGAAAUGGAGAUUCGACUUUUCCGAAAUACUGCCUAUUCGAUGAUCCCUUGGUGAGUGAUGGAAAGUACAGAGAUGCAGGGUUGCCAUCCUCGUCCCACAUGGAUGUCCCUCAUGUACAUCAGUUAGCUUCAUGGGAUUGCGGUCUCGCUUGUGUUCUUAUGGUUCUCAGAGCAAGUGGCAUCGCAAGCUGCACUCUUGAGGAUUUGGCUGAGAUAUGCUCCACAAAUAGCAUUUGGACUGUCGAUCUCGCAUAUUUACUGCAGAAGUUCUGUGUGGAAUUUUCAUAUUACACGAUAACAUUUGGAGCAAACCCGAAUUAUUCCAUAGAGGAAUUUUACAAGGAGCAGCUCCCUGAAGAUCUGGUGCGUGUCGAUUUGCUCUUCAGGAAAGCACAUGAAUCUGGCAUUAUUAUACAGUGCAGAUCAGUUAGUAUCCAUGAGAUUUCUUGUUUGCUAUUGUCGGGGAACUAUAUUGCCAUUGCGUUAGUCGACCAGGACAAGCUAAGCAAGUCUUGGUUGGAGGAAGUGCUUGUCUCUGGUCUUCACUCCAGCAAUUCUUGUUACACUGGUGAGAAUUGUCCCUUAGCCUAGACUUUUCUCUUCCAAAAUGGUAACCCCAGUUUCACAUCCUUGAUUAUAUCUUAUGUUGAUAAUCCUGUUAUAAUCAUUGGAACUCCGGGAACUUAUGAAGCCAAGAUCAGACAAAAAGACUGUUCUUUAACUAACGAAAGCUUAAAUCUAGAAGCACAAACGGUAAAGACUACAUUAGCAAAAUUUCUUACAUCAACUUGUUUCCUUCAUGUUUUCCAAUAGGUCACUAUGUCGUGAUAUGUGGCUAUGAUGCUGUUAGGGAUGAGUUCGAGAUCAGAGAUCCCGCCAGUUCCAAGAUACAUGAGAGGAUCUCGUCAAAAUGCCUGGAGAAUGCCCGGAAAUCGUUUGGCACAGACGAAGAUCUUCUCCUGAUAAACUUGGAGAAUAUGAGGAACCAGAACGGAUAUUAGAAUAGUUGUCAUCAUCAUCAUCAAAUCAGUUCUGGAUGAGAAUGAAACCUGAGUGUUUUCUCCCAGAAGAACAUGAGGUGAAAAGUAUACGUCUCUAUACAUACGUCUUUACAUAUGGAUGCUGCCAAAGAAGAAGGAAAAGAUAUACAUAUGUCAUGAAAUAUCUCAGUAUCUGUUUGCGUUUAUGAGAUUCUUGUGUUGGCAGUUAUAAUUCCUUGUUGUACAAAUUGGUGAAUAGAAAAGAUUUGAUUGAUUAAAGUGUUCGAGCAAUAAGAGUGAUUCCACCAAGCUUUGUCAGUUUGUUGAUCAAUAGAAAAAAAAGGAGUAAAAUCGAACGUACCGGAACGAACCGAACCAUACAAAUACCGGAUCUUUAAUCGCGCCCUACCGUGGAAAAUGA